CAGACAGUAAUAUACUCUGAUACUUUUCUUCCUUAGCCUAUGCUUAUGAACGACAUGCCCAUGCCUGUUGGCAUGCCAUUUGAGCCGUACAACAAGAACCAUGUCAUGGCGAUGCGCUACAUCAACCGGGUGCUGGUGGAUCGAUGUCGCAGGGCCUGUUGCUGCCGAGCGAGACGCUGGUGCUGGUGGUCGACCAGUACAGCAUUGUCAAGUACGUCGGCUGCCUCGAGGAGCGGGUGCUUCACUAAGGCCCGCGCAAAAAGGACACCUCUGCCCAAAAUGGGGGCUGUUUCCAGCUCGGCACACUCCCUCCGCGCGCCCUUGGAGCCCACGCGACUCCGCAAUAGCGCUGGGUCUUGCCUGUGUAUUCGGGGAGGGAAGUAUAUCGCCUGCCCCACCUCUAGCCGGCAGCUGGCUUCCUACCUAUCGCACCGGUCAUGUCCACCUCCAUUUUUAUUUAUUUCUCCUGCCUCUUCUCCACCACAGCCCUAUUUUUUCGGUCGCUCCACAGCUCCCAUCCAUUGCCUGGGCCGGUGAGGGUGCGGUAACCGGACAGCAAGGCAACAAAAGCGCAAUCACUUUGGAUCUGGUCGAACCCACACCUCCUUCCGUUACGGAGAAUUUCCCAUGAAAGGCACAUCUUCGGAUUUGCCUUUGCACUUCGCCUUGAUGGCUAUCUUCUUAACACAGCCUCCAUUCCUUGUACUUUUCUAAGUCUGCUUGUAUUACUGGUGUAUAUAUACGCAUCCUUCCUCUCCCUCCUUGGACACUGGCCCUCACCCCAU